CACACGAGUACUCAGCAAGGUGUCAUACACCGGGAUAUGGAGACCACAAAUAUUCUGUUGGACAAUGCUUGGGUAGCUAAGAUUUCAGAUUUUGGUUCGUGCAAAAUGGGCAUCACAAGCAAUUUUGGCACUCACAUUAGCACAGACGUUAAAGGCACAUUUGGUUAUUUGGAUUCAGUGUAUUUCAUGACUCGUUUGCUAAUCAAGAAAUCAGAUGUGUGUGCCUUCAGUGUCGUGUUGUUAGAAGUGCUUUGUGGGAGGCCAGCAGUGGAUAUGAGGCUUGAGGAAGAACAAUGCAGUCUAGCCCUAUGGGCUCAACAUUGUAUCAAAAAGAAGAAACUUGGUCAGAUCAUUGACCCUAGUAUGAGGGACCAAAUCUCGCUACAUUGCUUGAAAGUGUUUGCAAAAAUUGCUAACAAAUGCUUACAUAAUCAUCCAAAUGGACGUCCUACAAUGGCUAAUGUAGUGGUGAGCCUCGAGUGCACUUUGGCAACAUAGGAUCAAUGCAGGGGAUGUACAAGUAGAUGUUGA